UGUGGGGGUUUUGUGCGCGCGGGGCGUGGGGCCUGUUUGCGUUUUAAAAGUGUGAAAGUCGUUUGUGUUUAUUCUGGAGGAGUCCCCGGGGCGGAAAUUUGGGGGGCCCCCAGGGAAAAAAAGAAGCAGAAGAAAAGAAAAAGAAGCCAAACUCGGGGGGGGCCAAGUCCGCCCGCCCCUGACUCUCAGGAGAUAAAAAACCCUGGCUUGCCCAUUCAGAAGCUGCAGGACAUCCAAAGAGCCAUGGAGCUGCUGUCCUGCCAGGGUCCAGCAAAGAGCAUCGAUGAAGCAGCCAAGCACAAGUACCAGUUCUGGGACACCCAGCCUGUGCCGAAGCUAAACGAGGUGGUGACCAGUCACGGGCCGAUAGAAGCAGAUAAAGAAAACAUCAGACAGGAGCCAUAUUCCUUACCGCAAGGCUUUAUGUGGGACACUCUGGAUCUCAGCAAUGCAGAUGUACUGAAGGAGUUGUACACAUUGUUAAAUGAAAACUAUGUGGAGGAUGACGACAACAUGUUCAGAUUUGAUUAUUCACCUAACUUUCUCAAAUGGGCUCUGCGUCCACCUGGCUGGUUGCCACAGUGGCAUUGUGGCGUGAGAGUGUCCUCAAAUAAGAAGCUUGUUGGCUUCAUCAGUGCCAUCCCUGCAGAUAUACGCAUCUAUGACACACUGAAAAAGAUGGUUGAAAUCAACUUCCUGUGUGUCCAUAAGAAGCUGCGGUCAAAGCGUGUUGCUCCAGUGCUAAUAAGAGAGAUCACACGGAGAGUGAACAUAGAAGGAAUAUUUCAGGCAGUAUAUACAGCAGGAGUGGUACUGCCUAAACCUGUGUCCACAUGCAGGUAUUGGCAUCGUUCGCUGAACCCCAGAAAGCUUGUGGAAGUUAAAUUCUCCCACCUGAGCAGAAACAUGACCCUGCAAAGAACCAUGAAACUCUACAGACUACCAGAUAGCACCAAGACCACAGGUCUGCGGCCGAUGGAGAGGCGUGACAUCCGCCAGGUCACCGAGUUGCUACAGAAAUUCUUGAGACGUUUCCAGCUUGCACCUUCUAUGGGAGAAGAGGAGGUGGCUCACUGGUUCUUCCCACAGGACAACAUCGUUGAUACAUUUGUCGUAGAGGGUGCUGGUGGCGUACUGACAGAUUUUGUUAGUUUCUACACUCUGCCCUCGACUGUGAUGCAUCACCCUCUCCAUACGAGCCUGAAGGCAGCGUACUCUUUUUACAACGUUCAUACACAAACCCCACUGCUGGACUUAAUGAAUGAUGCACUGAUCCUGGCCAAGCUGAAAGGUUUUGAUGUGUUCAAUGCCUUGGAUCUAAUGGAGAAUAAGGUGUUCCUGGAGAAGCUCAAGUUUGGAAUAGGAGAUGGAAAUCUGCAGUAUUACCUCUACAACUGGAAAUGUCCCGCUAUGGACCCUGAUAAGGUUGGCCUUGUCCUUCAGUAGCAGGUCUCUUCUCUGCUGCUACUCAACUGCUGAUCAAGAGGCCGUUGGCAACUUUUGCCUAUUCCUUACCUGGACAUACAGGUAGCCCAAGCUGGACAAUGAGAACUACAAUAGUAAAACCAACCUGGAGACUGGGAGACGGUUCAAGAACAUUCUCAGUUCACCUGGAGGGAAAAACUCUUACAUCAACAUCCUGAAUGUGAAGUCAUGCUAUGCCUGAGAUACUCAUACAGUACAAUACAACGCUCCUGCCAUGCACACUCACAUUUAAAACAUACUAGUUUGACAUAUAAGAGGAUGCCUUGACAUUGUCAAUUUUGUUUAGUUCUUUUUCCUCAGCAGACUUGUUGUUACAAGGGACUGGCAUGUCAUUAAUUUCACUGACAUUGAACUACGUAGAUAAUAAUCAACCAGUAAACAUGACCACAAUACCAAGCGAUACGUUAUUGUGUCCCCACUGUAACUGCAGUAUAGAGGGUCUUAAUGGCGUUAUUCUGUCGUUCUCAUAUCAUUGUGUUCUGAAGUUUCUCUGCUGGCUGUUUUGGGCCUCAGUAGAUUUAGAAAUACUAAGAAUGUGUUUCUGUGAUAGCUGACAUAUAAAAGAAAAAAACUUUCCUUCAAGCAUUUAGGAGAAAAAUAUCGUUUCACACAUACAAAUAACUCACAUACACACAAAGGAUAUCUUCAUGGAAGGACUCAUCCAACUGGUGCAUUGCUAUACGUGUUUUUUUUUUUUUUUUUUUUAAAUAUAUAGUUACCUGUACAUUUAAAGCCAGAUCAUAUUUAUUCUUGUUGUGUGAGUUUGGGGUUUGGGAGGGCUGAUCCAAAGUAUUUUCCUCAUAGGUAGUGUAGAAGUCACUGUCUGUUUUGUUCAGACAAUGUGGAUUUAAAGUGUUUUUUUUUUUUUUUUUAAAGAAGAAUGUAUUGCAUCAAUGAAGCACAAUUUUUGAGUUCCUAAACAAGCAAAGGGUUAGCAAACGUUCCUUGUCUUUUAUUUAAAGGGUCAGAUUUCAAAACGGGUCAAAAUGGGUUGCAGUACAAACCAAGCAACCUUGGUUUGUACAAAGGAUGUGAGCUGUUUUCACAUUAUAAACCUGCUUCUAGAGUAGAUUUUGAAGAGAACAUCUGAACCACAUUUGGUUAUAUCCACUGAUACACUCAUGCAGCUCAGGGUUAUCUGCAUGUAAAUGGGUUGUUGUGUAAUCAGCAAGGCGGUCAAAUAAGAGGCAAAAGUUACAGUAGCCCAAAAAAGCAAAGAUGACGUGCUGAGUGCGUAAGCAGAACAGUGAGAAUUACAGAAUCAAAGGCUGGAAAAAAAACAAAUAAAAAAUUAAACUACAUCCAGAGUGGAUUUUAUUUAUAAUUUGUACAAAUACAAUAUCUCAAAAUAGUCUAGAAACAGUUUUAUAUGGUAAAAAUGACUUACUUUAAAAGAGUAACGAGCUUAACGAAGUCUUAUUUAAAGCAGCCAAGGUCAGUUUUUUGUUUAGUCAUUGGCACUCCCAGAGAAACUGACUUCUUGCUGUUACGAGCUGGUUGCAAAGCCAUGAUGCCCCUUGUUAAACGGCACAUUGGCCAGAAGUACAACACUGAAACUUUCCCUUAUUAAUACAUCCAUUACCAUCAGUUUCCCUUGCCUGCAUUAGGAUGUUAGACAUGUUCUUAAUCAAACUGUUCAAAAUUAAAAAGAGAACUGAGCUCAACAUUCAAAAUGUCUCGGGAAUCAUUAGACGGCAUGUAUUUAGAGCUCAGUGGCUGAAUAAACAAAAGCCUGUAUCUGUAACUGCAGCAUUUGGAACAUUUGAGCUUUUCUGUUUGUUUUUUUGUGGUCCAUUUUUAAUUGACUUCUCUGGAUUUAUUUUUUUAAUUUUUUUUUUUUUUAUAUAUAAUGGUACUGUAUUUAUGUGUGUGGAAAAAAAUAUACUGUGGGUCAUUUUCUUUGUGUCGUGCAGCUAAACAGCUCUGAUAUAUAUAUAAUUGUACUUUGCAAAAAUGUCUUAAGACAUAAUUCCUGUUCUUUUUCUUUCUUGUAUUUCCUAAAACUUUCCAGUCAAAUUGGCAACUUCAAAACACAUUUUUGAGGGUUUGGAGUAUUUGGCAUUUUCCUGUGUUCAACUGAGCGAUGAAUAUCUUGUCAGACCACUUGCUCUGUGGAGGAGCUGCUGGUGUACUCAAAUGUUAAAAAUUGUCUUUCUUGCCUGAGUUUGUUACUUUGUGUAUGAUGCUCCUGUUCAUGUAGCUCAGCAUAACUUAAGAGGUCAAGGCUGCUGCCAUUUGUUACUUCUGUAUGUGAUAUAAUUUUCUUCUCAUCCCUUUAUACAUUAGCAAGAAAAGGACAACUAUUGGACAGUCAGUGCUUCAGGGCUUAACUUAUUUUACUAUGUAAAGGUAACACAUUGACAUAGACCAAUGUUACAGGCAUUCAUUUAACACCGACAUCGGGUUAUUGAGUCGGUGUGCCUCAUGGAUGUUGGUUGUGUCACGGAUGUGUUGCCUGCAGCUGAAUGAACUUUGAGCAUGUCAGUUUUGCUGCUGUGAUGAUUUUUAAGCCUUGAUGUUACUAGCCACACCCUUUAGUGUGACCUCAACACAAAGUACCUGCCUUAUUUAAAAGAUCUUUUUUUAAUUAAGAUUUUGGGGUGGGUAGGAUGCACUUUUGAAAUGACGUACAGCUUUCUCUAACUGAAGAACAAUAUUUUUAAUCAAAUCCAUUGUGAAGCUGUGAAAAGGCAGAGGAACUUGUACCAGCAUCAUUUAGACAUGACCCCCAUGCAAAUAAUCUGUUUCAGCACACACGUCGGCUAUACCAGCAUGGAUAUUUGAUUGAAUAAACUCACUUUAAAAA